CACUUUGUGCCCCCCUUUGACUUGCCUUCGCCGUCACCUUCCUCCACACGCGUUUCCAAAGCUCGCGCGCCUCGCGUCCCGCCGAGGCCAGGCGAGCGAGCCGCGCUUUAUAAAAGCCCCCGCCGCGUCACCGGCAAGCCGCAAAACCAAAGCACCUGCCUUCUUCCAACACUCGAACGAACAAACAAGCAAACAGCUUAGCUUCUCUCUUCUUGUUUGCUUCCGACGACGCGAUCUCUGUUCAAUUUGGCUUCUAGCUAGCGAUCGAUCUUCUUUUGGGGAUGGGGAACUACCUGUCGUGCACGCUGGCGAAGGCGCCGGGGGGGAAGCAGGGGGCGCGGGUGAUCCUGCCAGACGGGCGGGUGCGCCAGGUGCCGCUGCCGGCGACGGCGGCGGAGCUGAUGCUGGACGCGCCUGGCCACUUCCUGGCGGACGCGCGGGCCGCGCGCGUGGGCGCCCGCCUGGCGGCCCUCUCCGCCGACGAGGACCUCGAGAUGGGAGCCGUCUACGCCACGUUUCCCAUGAAGCGCCUCGGCACGCCGCUCGCGGCGCACGACAUGGCGCGCAUGGCCGCCGCCGCCACCCGCGAGGCCCGACGAAGAUCGUCCAAGGUCUCCGCCGUCAUCCUCGUCGCGGCGGCGGCGGCGGCGCCGCCGGAGCCCGUGAAGAAGGCGGAGGCGGCGCCGUCGCCGUCGCCCAGGGCGCCGCGGCUGGACGAGAUGGUGGACGACGCCGUGGCGGCGGAGAUCGGGGUGCUCAAGCACCGGCUCAGCAGCACCAGGUCCAGGAGGCCCGCGCUCGAGACCAUACACGAGGAGAAUCACCUGAUCUCCAGAUCCUGAAAUAACACUGUAUAUGCUAGCUGAAACAAAUUGUUGUUUGUUGUAAAAAUUUUGGUGUCAAGUUCAACGGAAGUUGGAAAGGGUACGUGAUAUCUGAGUGUGGGAAUUAACUGUACAGUGUAUUUUUUUGGGAUAAGAAAUCCAAGUAUAUACAUGGAUCAGGUUGCCAUUUGUUCAUC